GGGCUCGACAAACUCUUCGGCAGUGCAGCGCUCUGCCUCCAGCACUCGGCUCAGCUCGGCUUUGCCAUGCAGGCCACACUGCUCAGCAUCCUGGGGCUGGCCCUGCUCGGGACACUGCACGCUCAGGACAGCAUCCCUGUCCAAACUGACUUCCAGCAGGAUAAGCUCACAGGGAGAUGGUACAGCAUCGGACUGGCCUCCAACUCUAACUGGUUCAAGGAGAAGAAGCACUUGAUGAAGAUGUGCACCACCAUCAUCUCCACCACUGCAGAGGGGAACCUGGAAGUUACCUCCACCUACCCCAAGGGUGACGAGUGUGUGACAAGGAACAGUCUUUACAUCAAGACAGAGCAGCCGGGGCGGUUCAGCUACACCAGCCCACGUGAGUACCCAGCUUCCAUGGGGCAGCCCUGCUGUCCCUGCUCCUGCCUUGGGGCUGAUUUGGAGCUCAGGGCUGAGCUGUACCUCAUGUCCCUCACAGGCUGGGGCAGCAAGCACAACAUCCAUGUGGUGGACACCAACUAUGAGGAAUAUGCCUUGGUGGCCACUCAGAUCUCCAAGAGCACUGGUUCCUCCACCAUGGUGCUGCUCUACAGCCGGACAAAGGAGCUGAGUCCCGAGCGCCUGGAGAUGUUCACCCAGUUCUCCAGGGAGCAGGGCCUAACAGACGACGAGAUCCUCAUCCUGCCCCAAACGGACAAAUGCAUGGCAGAUGCUGCUUAGGUGGACCCACCAGCUGCUGCCAGCCCGAGCCCCAACAGCACUGCAAGCUGGCGACCAUCCUGCCCCAUCUGACCCCUAGUGGCUCCCAGCACCACGGCAGCCUUCGCUCCCUGGCUUCACAAUCCACAUCUGUAUCCCUGUCUCGAUUAAAGCCCAUAAAAAACCA